AUGCCAGCCCCGUCGCUCAAACACCUGGCCACGGUCACUGCGAUCAAGCACGUUAAAUUGUUGAACGACAUCGGCAACGUACCCUAUUCCCUUGCUCGCCCCAUUCUACUGAAAGUCGAUAACCCCGAGAAGCUGCAUGCCAUGGAACUCCUAUCGCCCCAAAUCGCCGCCGAAGACCAGGAAAUAUGGCUCGAAUUCAUCAAGCGCGAUAUCCCCCAGUGGGAAACCUACGAUCUGCCCGAGAAGACAAACUCAUGGUACGAAGUCUACUGCGACCUGCGCGAAAUAGUUCAGCGAUCCCUUGAUGCCGACGCCGAGAAAAUGAAGAUGGCUAUCGACGGCAUCCAGUCCGAGCGCGCUAGGCUAACCCCCAAGAUCAUCUCGGGGACCCGCGCCAGGCGCAUCGGCGGGAUUGGGCCUAGUUUUCGCCAGCGUGUUGUUUCUAAUGCGGCGCCGAGGAAGUCGACUAUCUUUACGCCCCAGAGGAGGAAUACGUCUCUGGCUAUGCCGACCAAGCAUUUGAAUACCCGUGCUACGCAGGUUCGGCAGGCGCCGAGGUCGCUUAUUGAGGAGCAUCGUCGGCCGGUUGAGCAGCCGCCGAAACGCAGUGAGAGUGAUCGGGCCCCGGUCGCUCCGGGGCGGUUCAAGCAGGGCUCAUCGGCGCAGGUCGAUAACAAGGGCUCUUCGUUGGCAGAACGAGAGGCGCGGCUGCGGGCUCUUACUUCUGGAAAUCCUAUGCCUCAUGGCGCAGGCGAGGUUCGCAAGGUCCCAGUGUCCCAAGCAGCCUCCCCGGUCAAGAAACCCAUUCCUAAGCGUCAGGCAACGUCGCCCCCUCCGCAAGAAAACCCAGCUUCUUCCUCCUAUUCACCUCAACCGUCAGCCUCGGGUGAUUCCACAUCGGAUUCCCUAUCUGCGACUGCCCCUCGCCCCGCGGUCGUUCGCAAGCGACCGGACAAUGUCUUCAUUCGCCCGAAGCGUAAGCGGGUGUUCUAA